AUAGAUACAAAGUAAUGACCAACUAGCAUACACCACUUUAUUCAUCAUUUCCACUUUCUCCAAUCCGUCAAUCUAUUCCUUCCUCGUAUCAUUCAUUCAACAAGAAAGAGGAAAGCCACUUUCCAAUUUCGUAAUACGUGUUCUUGUGCCUUUUGAAUACAUACCUACCUAGCUAUCGGACAAGCAAACGAUACCAACGCGCCGAAUCCCUUUACCCCUCACCUCCCAGAAUAUAAAACCUGCCAGUUUCCUUCCCAAAAUAAACUGAAGCCACUUACUUACUUCACUCUCGAAUACUUCUUUUUGGAAGCCUGCCAUAUUCCAAACCGUCUUCCAAGAUGUCUUCUUCGCCUCCUGACCAGACUGCUUUAAUGCAGGAGAUCCUCAAUUCCAUCAAGAGUCUACAACUCAACCAGUCUCAACUUGCAUCCAAUGUUGAUGCCAUCACCGGCCGCGUCAAUGUCUUAGCUGGUAUGAAAGAAGUACGUGAUGUUGCUUCUACUGAUUCAGCAACUAUUCCCAACCCUUCCGAACCUAUUGCAAGCAGCGAUGAAAGCACAUCCAAAGAUGAUGCUUUCAAAGAUGCCGAUGUGCCCAAAUCUCCAACUAUCUCGGCGGCAAAGCCCGAGGAGACACCCAUUCCUUCUUAUCCUCAAAAAGCAAGCACUGGUACUUCUCGAAUCAUUCUCACGUGAGUUCUUUUCAAUGCAUGUAGGAAUAGAGACAUUUAGUUAAAUUAUGAUAAAAGUACAUACCCCGGACAAUCCGGUAUCAAUCCCCUUCCUAUGGAAUGGGGUCAUAGCGAUCCGCAAAUUAGAGGUCCGGUAGUUGUGUCCAGAGCUACAGAAACGGCCAGAAGACGUAACGGUAAGUUUGUUCACCAUCUCACAGAUUUUUGGUUUACUAAUUGUUUGUCUUAGCAAUUGGAGGUAUGUUUUGCUUGUCUGCUGAUAAUUCGUGAUUUGAUCUGAUUCCGACAUUGAUAGCCCACGGUGGAUCUUAUUCGAUAUAUUAUGCUUUGGCUGUUGCUAGCAAGGAAAUCAAGGCAGAUCACAGGUAGGCUUGGAAACAGCUCAAUUUAUUUAUGGCAAAUAAAUUAACAUAUUGCAGACCGGAUUUCACAAACACAGAGCCUGCUGCAAAUAUUGGACCAUUUCCUCAAUGGGCUGACAAGAAAAAGAUAGUAUCGAUGGAUCCCUUGGGCCAUCUUGCUCCAUGGCUUUUUAAGGAUACAAUUGAGAAGGAGAAUGGUGAGUAACCCCCACGUAAGGCUAUAAUGUAGCUUUGGGCUGACCAAACGCAGUCGAUAUCAGACCUACUAUUGGUAUGUACUAUGAAAACCUUUAGAUAAUCGAGAUCCUAUUAGGCAAUAGUACUAAUUAUAUUGAUAGCAAUCACCCGAGCUCAUAUGAAGGUAAUUUGUAACGUUGAAUAACAAGGUAGUAGUACUAACGGCUCUGAUAGCUACCAGAACUGGAAGCUAGUGUUCGUGAAGGUCGGCUCGUACCGGAUGGCAAAAUUUGCCUGAAUGAGGCGGGAGAACUUGCAGUCACGAAAUUUGCCGUUGAACCGGUAUGUUGGUUUCUCACUGUUAAAAAGUAUUUUCCACUGUCAAAGUAUACGUCUAAUAAUAUCACAGGUCUGGUACUUGCCUGGAGUCGCUGAGCGAUUCGGCAUUUGUUCGUAUUUCCAUGAUAGCUUUGGGAGUCAUCUUGCUUACCUAUAUUCUAGCCGAGGGGGUUCUCAGGAGAGCAUUGUUUGAGCACACUGGCGGAUCAUACCCCGAAUUGAUUACCAGGGGCGAUAUUAAGCUCUUCAUGCCACCAAUUGGUAUGAGGCAGUAAUCUCGAUCCAGCAUGGAGAUCUCUAACUAUUUAUAGGUGGAUUGACCGUCUACUGCUUUGGAGACCCGGCGAAGAUGUCAGAUGAGAAUGUUCGCCUAGCUUUACGAAUUCAUGACGAGGUAAAAAUAAAAUGCCUCAGUUUGAGGUAACACUAUUAGGAGAUCUUUCAUGCUGAUGUUCUUUAAUAGUGUAACGGCAGUGACGUGUUCGGAUCUGAUAUCUGUACAUGCCGUCCUUACCUGAUCUAUGGUAUUGAGGAGGCUGUCAAAGAGGCGCAAAAGGGUGGAAGUGGAGGUGAGUACAAACGAUUUCAUUUCAUACCUCCGAUGUCCAGCUAUUUUCGGAUAUUUUCGUAUUAUACCUAUUGGGACAUACACAACAUCUCCCGAAUGCGUUCACUAUUCAUGCAAUUCUCGUAGGCAAUUACUAACUGUGGUUUUUCUAGUCGGUGAGUACAGUUUCCAUCAGUCUUUCAAUAUCAUAACUAAUUAUUUCCCAAGUAAUUUACUUCAGAAAAGAGGGUAGAGCUCUUGGAGAGGUCACAAAGGUAAUUGAAAUUUCCGCGGCUCAUGGGUCCGUCUGCACUGCAUUUAUCCUUCUGUUGUGGAGCACACCGAGGCUUAUCAACUUACACAACACCCACACCAUUUCCCCCACUUCCAGUCAUUUUUUCCAUGACAUCCGCAUUUAUCCCUUCAGAUCUUCAUGAUUAAUCACUUCUCUGGAUCUCUCCGAGACAAUCUCUAACUCGGUCAUGUAGUACCUCGUUUACAACGCCAGAAAGCGCGGACUUGAUCGAGCUUCGGAAUAUUUUAAACGCACGGAAAAUAUCGCCGGCGUAAAAGAUAUGCGUUUCCAGGCGUUGAUGCCCGACAUUCUUCAUUGGCUGGGAAUAAAGAAAAUUGACAGAAUGCUAAGUAUGAGCAAGUAAGUUUGCUCAAAUCCACAACAUAUCAGAUGCAGGAGUAACCAUAUUUACAGCAUGAAACAUGAUGCCAUAGUCGGCCAAGGGUAAGGAACGCGCACGGAACAUUGGUUCAUAUUGCUAAAUAACCGUCUAGAAUUCCCAUACAUGAACGAGUUGAGCUACCCGAAUCUUGGAUCCCAGCAGAUUCGAGGGUCGAGAUUGAUGCCAAGAUUACAGCAGGUCAGUUUUGCCACGCACCAUUCAUAAUCCCAUACCUUGUAAUAGGGCUGAACAAAUUGCAACUAGGAUACUUCACUACUGGUCACAGAAUGACUGAGGAGGAGCUCGCUGCCGUCCAGGGACGUAGUUGGGAUGAGUAAGUACCCCUUUAUGAAAGUUUGCAGUAGUGAAACUUUAUGAAACUGACCCAAACCGCAGUAUUGAUCAUUGAUCACGCGCAGAGAGAAAGAUUUCAUGACUCGGGCCGCACAAUGUACCUGCAUGCAGCAUGAGUGCCUAACAUACCAAACGUAGUCUAGCAUAUGGAACACGAUUUUUUCUUACCGGUGUUAUGUUUUGUCAGAUCUCGGUUGAGCAUGGUGACUUGUUUGACAAAACAUACGACAUAUGACAUCGCCGUAUCCCAAGUACGGAAACUAGGUACAGUCGUGGCUUCACAAGUAUUGUAUGCAGUCAAACACACCCAACAUAACAAAAUUCCCAACUUCCAAGAUUUUUGGGAUUUGGGUGGGAAAGCGCUAUAUUAUCGUAAAGUUUCAAUCAAUCGUAGCCAGACAUUCAUUG